UGUUUUUCCAUUUCAUCUGAGAAAUUUCUUUCAGACAAACCAAUAUGAAAAAUUAUGGAUAUCCAAUGGUGAUGGUCAUUGAACACUUGCAGUGUUCCAUGUCCAAUGAUCUUCUCUGUAAGUUUCCAGAUAACUCCGCUUUCGAUUUCGAUUAUACCCAAAGUUCAAUUUGGUCUCCUCUAGUACCAAGACCAUUGUCGUCCGCGUCUAACCGGAGGCUCAGCUCUGGUUUAUCUCGAAAGCUUUCGUAUGACGAUGUCUCGUUAGGAUGUACCAAUUUUAACAAAGUUACAGCAAAAAUCAAGAGGAAGUUGUCUAAUGCUGUUACAGAGAAUAUGAGAGAAUAUCAUAGUUUAAAGAAGAGAAAGAAGAAGGAGUUUGAGUUUACUCGUUUACCAUCUUCUUCUAAACUCACCUCGACUACUCCAACCCCACGAAAGGGAUGGGUUAAGGUACUGAAAGCGGCUACGAAGCAUUUCAAGAAGAAGAAGAACAAGAAGAUAGAAUCCACAGUUGAUGUUAAUUUUUGCAAAUCAUUGACUGAAAACAGUCUUGUGCGAACUUCUACAUAUCCAUAGAAGUUCUUUUACGUACAUGGAAGGGGAGAUGGCAAGAACAAGAAUUUGUUUUGUUCCAUUGUAAUACUUGAAUCACCACUGUAAUCAGCAGAUGUGAAGCUGAAGAGUGCAUUUUUUUUGUUUAAACAGUGUAAUGUAGCAAUUCUAUUAUGAUUGCUAGAACAAAGAUACAGCUGAUUGGCUCUGCUCUACGAAUUAUGAUUUCUUAAAUCUGAAGUAUUUUUUUUUAUAGAAUUCAAA